GUUCGGCGUUCACUCUCAAAUCGUCACCGUUGCGGUCCUCGAUGAUUGAUCAGGUACUUAUCUGAUAAACACAAUGGAGAGAUAACAGCCACUACACGAAAUCCUUUAUAUACCGACCCCAAAUUUUUGGCUUGCAAUCAUUAUCUGCCUCCUCUGAAGAGGUGACCACCUAUUACCACUAUUCCACAAGACUAGUAUCCUUCCUAGACACCUAUGGCAAUUGACACGAUCCCACAUGGAAGUGGUGAUGAUGUGAAGCCCAACAUUGUUGUUGUAGGAGGUAGCUACGUCGGAUCUAAAGUUGUUGAUGAUCUCAUACCGCUAGUCCAUGAGACGCACAACAUCGUGCUUGUUGAGAAGAGCUCACAUUUCAAGGUUGCCCUUGCUAUUCAUCAGAAGAUACAAAAGAUUAAUUUCUCGCAGAACAUCUUUGCUUUCCCGCGAUUGCAUGCUGUAUCUGGUUUCGAGAGCAAGGCAUUUAUUCCUUACACUUCAGAAUAUUUUGAUGAAGCAUAUGCAAUGCUCUCACCACACAAAACGCAUCGUUGCACGCAUAUAAUUACUGGUUUAGUUACUUCGAUUCUUUCUGCUGAAGUCAUUCUUGAAGAUGGAAGAACUAUCCCUUAUGAAUACCUUGUCAUUGCUACAGGAACAGGCCAACGCACAACACUCGGGUUGCACAAUUCUAAUAUCGUGAAUAGUACCCUCACCAAAGACACAAGCAAUGACAAGGAAAAAGGACUUGUGCACAUACAUGAGUGGCAAGCAGAUAUGAAACGGGCUAACAAAAUCGUUGUCAUUGGAGGCGGGGCUUACGGAGUACAACUUGUGACCGAUAUCAAGACCUAUAAGUCCACACUUUCAAAAAAUGUCACUCUCGUUCAUUCUCGUGCAAAGCUUCUUCAUACGUUUCAUCACGGUCUCCAUGAUAUUGCCAUGGAGAAGAUGAAAGAAAUUGGAGUAGACACUAUUCUCGGACAAAGGGCAAUUAGGAUUGAGGAAGUGGAGGGGAUGUUUGAUGAUUCUAACGAAAUACUAGGAGUCACGCGGAAGACACCGGAAUUCAUUGUUCACUUGAGUGGAGGGGAGCAACUGAGAGCCGAUCUGGUUAUCACUUGUCUUGGCGGUACACCACUUUCUGAUCCACUUCGCGCUCUCGCACCCGCCGCCGUCGACCCCGAAACUGGGUAUAUCCGAGUUUUGCCUACGCUCCAAAUUGCUUCCCCUAAUGAUCACAAUGCUACAUCAAAUUCCUCAUACACAGCAUAUCCGAAUGUAUUCGCAUUGGGUGAUGUCGCUCAUACUGGUGCACAUAAAGCAGCCAGGCCAGGACAUUUUCAAUCAGGAGUGGUAACUCGGAACAUCCAGAGACUUAUCAAAGCGAAAGCAGCUCAGCGGGUUAUCAUAACAAGCAAAUUCAACAACAACAAUAAUGCUCAGCCUCACAAGGGCGCCCAUGAUGUAUUGGAAUCAUACGUCCCACCGGAAGCUCCAGGCAUCCAUUUGAGAGAGAUAGCUUGAUAUUCCGAAAUCCAGCACCUGAAUCCGAUGUGCCUUACGUUCAAUGGGAUGACCGUGAUUCUGCAACAUUUGACUGUGGAUGUGAACGAUACUGGAAGAAACGCGCCGAGACGUUGUGGAGGAAUGGGGAUUUCGAGGCUUAGAUCAACUUGGAAGUAGUAUUCC